CCCAUUUGGAAGAUCUCCGGUCUAUACCAACUUUGAGGUCCCGGACACUAUGUCCAUGUUUUCACACAGUCCAUGGGUUGCCGCUUGGUGGGAGGAAGACACGUAGUGAAACUGAUGUACAAGAGAUCAGCAGGACAGCAGCUAAUGAACCAAAGGUCUCACACAUUACCAGAAAAAAGCUUACUUCAGCAUUGAAAAAAUAAGGUGGAGACAAGACCAAGGUAGCCAAUAUGGAGUCGGUUCCAGAGGCAGUGGAUGAGUUAGAAUUAGAUGAUGACAGACCAAAGAGACAAACAAGUGCAGUUACGGCUGAUGAACUGGAGAAGGCAGAUGGGUCGAUGCAGAUGAUAAGCCCCUCUCACACUUCAGUCUGUGUUGAUCUGAAUGCUAAAACAGGUGCAACUGUAAAUGCUCCUGUACUCAAUGGAAACGUCAUCCAGGGCUCAGUAAUCUUCAGCUUCAGCUCAGCCACUGGUGCUGUCGAAGGGCACCAGAAUCCACCUGAAGGACAUAUGUCUCCGAAACAAGAGCGUGACGUCUUGCAGAAAAUCGUGGAAAGUCACAAAGACGACAUGAAGGCCAAAAUGGGGCGUGUGUAUGAGGGCAAAAAGGAGAACAAAACACACCUCAGCAAAGUGUACACUGAACUCUUCAUCACUGAAGGGGACAUUACAGACGUCUAUGAUGAACAUGAGGUUCUGAAGAUCGACCGAGCCGUGAAAACGCCCAAAUUUGAGGACACACCGAUCGACUGCAACGCCAUAUUCUGUUUACUGAAGCAAAAGGAAGAGGGAAACAUUGUGCUGACCAAAGGCAUCGCUGGCAUCGGAAAGACGUUCUCCGUGCACAAGUUUAUCCUGGACUGGGCCGAAGGAAAAGCCAAUCAGCAUGUGGACUGUGUGUUUCUGCUUCCAUUCAGAGAGAUUAACUUGAUUAAAGAUGAUAAAAAGAUCAGUCUCCAUGAGCUUCUGUUGGAAUUUUAUCCUGAUUUGAAAGAUGUGGAAAAUACCAAGUUUUAUAAAGAAUACAAACUAGCAUUUAUUUUUGACGGGCUUGAUGAGAGUCGCCUGGAAUUGGAUUUUGAUUGUAAAUUGGUCAAAUUUGUCGAUGCACGGUCAUCCAUUGAUGUUUUAUUCACAAGCCUAGUUUCAGGAAAACUGCUUCCAUCGGCUUUUGUCUGGGUGACGUCUCGACCGGCAGCGGCCAAUCUGAUCCCUCCUGAGUAUGUAGGAUUGUUUACGGAGGUGCGUGGAUUCACCGACCAGCAGAAAGAAGAGUAUUUUAGAAAACGGAUUAAAGACAAAGCUCAGGCCUCCAGAAUAAUCUCACAUAUCAGGGCGUCUCGUAGUCUCUACAUCAUGUGCCACAUUCCUGUCUUCUGCUGGAUCACAGCUACCGUUCUUCAGGAUAUUCUUUUAAAAAACGAUGAGCAGGACAUUCCUUCGACUCUCACCGAAAUGUACAUUCACUUCCUCCUCAUUCAGAUGAACAUGAAGAACCAGAAGUAUGAGAAGAAACCUGAAAGAGAUCGCACAAAGCUUUUGAGUUCAAACAAAGACAUGAUCUCAAAAUUGGCUAAACUUGCGUUCGAACAGCUGAAGGGGGAAAAUAUCAUGUUCUACGAGAAUGAUCUGAAAGCCUGCGGCAUUGAUGAAAGCAAGGAGUCCACAGGAUUGUGCACUGAAAUCUUCAAGAAGGACUCUGUCCUGCACGAGAUGAAGGUUUAUUACUUCAUACAUUUGAGUGUGCAGGAAUUUCUUGCUGCGCUGCAUGUGUUUCUUUGCUACUUGAAGCUGGACAUGGGUGUGCUGUCAUUCUUCCUUGAGAAUUCGCGUCCUAAAAAUAAAGAACUGCUGUAUGUUCUGCUGAGGAAGGCAAUCGAUAAAGCAAAGGAGAGCAGGCGAGGACAUUUUGAUCUCUUUCUGCGGUUCUUGCUGGGCAUUUCUCUCCAGUCCAAUCAGAAACUCCUCAUCGGCUUGCUGGACGAAAUGCUGGACAAUAAAAACUCCAUCAAUAAAACCAUCCAGUACAUCAAACAACUGCAAAACAAUGACAAGUGCCCAGAUAAAUCUAUCAACCACUUCUUCUGCAUUCUGGAACUGCAGGACAGAACCCUGUACCAACAAAUCAGGAAAUAUCUGAAGUCAGAGAGUGGCCAGCCAAAAGCGGUUUCCAAGUCCAACUGCUCAGCUCUGGUCUAUGUGCUUCUGAUGUCAGGCGAGGUGCUGGAUGACUUCGACCCAAAGAUGUUCAACAAAACAUAUGCGGGAUGCAGGAGACUCGUCCCAGCCGUGAGGUGCUGCAGAAAAGCUCUGUUUUCAGACUGUGGACUGACAGAGCAGUGCUGUGAAACAGUGGCUUCGGCUCUUCAGCUAGAUGACUGUCCUCUGAGCGAACUGGACCUGAGUCACAAUUACAACAUCGAGGCGGGAGUGAAGGCACUUUCUACAGGACUGAAGAACCCACACUGUCAUCUAGAGACACUCAGGUUGGCCCAGUGUCAUUUCUGCCAGGAGAGUUGUAUGGAGCUGCUCUCCGCUCUCAAUAAUAUCUCACAUCGUCUAAGAGAGCUUGACCUUAGCGGCAAUGGCCUGCAAGACUCUGGACUCGUUUGGCUACUAGAUGAGAUGAUAAAAACAGAGAGAAAACUUGAGAUUCUGAGGUUGAGCUGGUGUAACCUCACUGCGAAGAGUUGUGAGCACCUUUCCUUGAUUCUCAGCUCAGAUCCGCCCCUGAGAGAGCUGGAUCUGAGUAAUAAUGACCUUCAGGAUUCAGGAGUGAAGCUGCUCUGGACUGGACUGGAGAGUCAGAAUUGUCAGCUGCAGAUACUGAGGUUGUCUGGCUGUAUGGUGACAGAGGAAGGCUGUGGUUAUUUGUCUUCAGCUCUGAGUUCAAACCCCUCACACCUGAGAGAGCUGGAUCUGAGCUACAAUCACCCAGGAGAAUCAGGAGUCCAGCUGCUCAAACACAAACUGCAGGAUCCAAACUAUAAACUACAGAUACUCAAAACUGACCCUAUGGGUGAAAGCUUCAUCAAAGCAGGGAUAAGGAAGUAUGCUUGCAAUCCCACACUGGAUCCGAACACAGCUCAUGUUCUGCUGUGUCUCUCCAACGGAGACAGAACAGCGACAUGUGUAAUGCAGAAGCAGCCAUAUCCAGAUCAUCCAGAUAGAUUUGAAUCAGUCCAACAAGUGCUGUCUAGAGAGAUCCUGUCCGGCCGCUGUUACUGGGAGGCCGAAUGGACGGGUCCGGAUGGGACGGUCGGGGUGACAUACGAAACCAUCAAGAGGAAAAGUGAUGAUCUUUGUGUAGCAGAGGCCACCGCUCAGCUUGGAUGUAAUAGUGUGUCAUGGAAAAUUACCUGUGCAUCUUUCCCAUAUGUUUCUCAUGCUGAAGAAGACAUUUAUAUAAAGGCUUCAUCCUCUUGUUCAUCUAAAAGAGUAGGUGUGUAUGUGGACACGACAGCUGGCGUUUUGUCCUUCUACAGUGUCUCUGACACACUCACACACUUGUACACCUUCCUCGCGGCUUUUGAAGAUCCUCUCUAUGCGGCCUUCAGAGUGGACAGCAACUCAGUGUCCUUCUGUCAGAUUUAACCUGAAAGCCUCUUUGUCUUACCAUUUAUUUACACAUGUAUUCAAUAAAUCAAAUUUGAUUUUAUGCAGGUAAAUUCAAAGGUUUCACAUGUUUAACUGUAAAUAGCAGUCGAGCCACAUGUUCAGAAAUGAUUUCCAUGCUCUCUUCCUCCCUCAUUACCCACAGCUGAAGUGCCCUUGUGCAAGGCACUGAACCCCCAACUGCUCCACGGGCACCGUUUACAUUACACGUUUUGUGCAUCAAGAUAAUCUUCACAAAAAUAUAUAAGUUUGAUGAAUUUUGAAGCCUAAAUAAAAGCGCCAGGGUUGCUUGCCUUCACUGUCAUAAUUCAUAAUUCAGCCUGGAUAAUUCUUCCAUCUAAAUUUACCUUGAAUGCAGGAGAAAUAUGAUAUAUUUGUUAUGAGAUAUAUUUAUCUGUGAUUUAGUUGUAAUGAGUUUUAUUUGUCGGAUCAAGGCUGAACCCAUAUUCUGUGUCCUGAUGGAAAUUAGAUUGGAACGUGUGAUAUCUUGCUUAAUUUUGAGUAAUUGCUGUUCUUUUGACUCUUAAAUUACAGGACACAUGACUUAUAAUUUACAUCCUUACAAUUCCCUAUUGCCUAUUCUGACAAAUCAAUUAUUUUAAUCAGCUUUUUUUUCAGUUCAUAUAAAUGAAUGAAGUGUAUGGUCAUUAUAAAAAUUUUGCAGCAACCUGAUCCUUGACUCUCCAGGCAAUAAAAUGAUUUCAAACAGAAAAGACUCCACAUGCUUGUGAUUAUAUUUUGGGGAAAAGGACUCUUGUCGGUGUUCUAUUGCUUAACUAGCUAUCAUCAUGGCCAUUGCCACACUGGCUCAUUAAAUCACCAUCAAGUAGCACUUUUAACCUCAAAUACUCUGUAGUUAUCUGAUCGUGUCAGUGUUUCCACACAAAGAUUGUUAACUCAUUCUCAGCUGGAUCAUGUGCCUGUUUGUUGACCUCCUCGUGUUUCUCCUUCGUUGUCUGCUGAUCAGCCAUUGUUAUGUUUUUAUUUUAUCUCAUUCAUCAGUGUUUGCCAUCUGCAAUACAAUCUCAAGUUAAGUUACUUGGUUUCAUUAAUCAGUUUGCAUCU